GAGGAGAGGAGAAGAAGAGGAAGGAGAGAAGCUUGAGGAUUUGGAAGAAUGGACUUGAGGAAGUGUCAGUACGCUUAUAUUGAGAAGUAAUGCAGCCGCUUGGGUCGCGGGCACGCAGGAAUACGUAAAGAACCCGGCCGUUGGUUGAUUGGCGUACUUGCUGCGCGCGGCUGUGCUUGGCUGGUCGUACAGAGCUCUCUCUGAGGGGAGUUAUACUAGUCGUGGGCUAUGCUACUUCCCAAAGCUAUUCGGCCACGUUGAGGCACAGACAGAGUUGGGAAAACUGCAAGUGAAGUGGAGCGCAGUGGGAGGAGGUGUAUCUGGCAGCACGGCGGGGGCAGUGACCAUGUUGGCGUCCCGCGGCUGGCGGCGUUCGGCGCGCGGGGCGCGAGGCGACUCCGGGGCCCUCCUCCUGUGCUUCGCGGGCUUCGUGCUGCUCGCGCUGGGAAGAGUGCGCUGCCAGCCCGGCGCGAGCUACGGCAGCAGCCCGAAUGUGAAUGUCUACAUGGGCCAAGAAGAAGUGCAGAAACUUCUAGGCCUGGAGGCAGAGCUGUACUACGUGAGAGACAGCGUGGUCAAUCACUAUGCCCUCGCCUUCGUUAUGCCUGUGCCAAGUGAAACCAGCAGCCUACACUUCACCUGGCAGUCCAAGAGCAAGGUGAACUACCGGCUGGGCUUCCAAGUGGACAACCCUGUUGCCAUGAGCUUGCCACAGAGCAACAUCUCUUCCCAUGGAGAGGUGCCUCGCAGCCCCUCAGUUUUCAGAGUGGACCUUUUCUGCCUGGGGAAGGUGGAUGCAGAGGUUAUACUUACUGUCCAACUCAACUUGACCCUCCACCCCAACAACUUCACAGUCCUCAACUUCAAGCAGAGACGAAUGUGUUACAAAAGGAUUGAAAAUCCAGAUCCAAGAAUUCUACACUUCCCCAAUAAGACACUCAAGCCUAUCUAUGAGAGUGUGAAUAUGACCCCUACCACAUCCACCCAAGUCUUCUACAUUAGUGUGGGUGUGUGCUGCGCUGUUAUCUUCUUGGUAGCUAUCAUUCUGGCCAUGCUGCACCUGCAUAGUAUGAAAAGGAUGGAGCUAGAGGACAGUGUGAGUGACAGCAGCAGUUCCCAGGGCCUCUCUCAACCAUCCACCCAGACCACACAGUACCUAAGAGCAGACACACCUAAUAAUGCUGCCCCUGUCACAAACAAUCACCCAGGUUCUACUCCCAUCCUUCAGCUUGCUGGCUCUUCCUUCCCUAAUCCUGGUGCUUCUUUGCAUGAAACCAGAAGCUACCCAUCUCUCCGCAUUGAGAAGAACGACCUGAGAAGUGUUACACUACUGGAGGCCAAGGCUAAGGUCAAAGACAUUGCCAUCUCUCGUGAGAGGGUUACGCUACGCGACGUCCUGCAAGAAGGGACAUUUGGUCGUAUUUUUCAUGGUGUUCUAGUGGACGAAAAGGACCCAAGCAAAGAAAAGCAAGUCUUUGUGAAGACUGUGAAAGACCAUGCAUCAGAGAUACAAGUGACCAUGAUGCUGACAGAGAGCUGCAAGCUUCGUGGUCUUCAUCACAGGAACCUUCUGCCCAUCAGUCAUGUGUGCACAGAGGAUGGAGAGAAGCCAAUGGUGCUGUUGCCCUACAUGAACUGGGGCAAUCUUAAGCUAUUCCUGCGCCAGUGCAAGCUGGCUGAAGCCAACAAUCCACAGGCCAUCUCACAGCAGGACCUGGUGCAUAUGGCCAUCCAAAUGGCUUGUGGUAUGAGCUACCUAGCACGGAGAGAGGUCGUCCACAAAGAUCUUGCAGCCAGGAACUGUGUCAUUGAUGAUGGCCUACAGGUGAAGAUCACAGACAAUGCGCUAGCCAGGGACCUUUUCCCCAUGGACUACCACUGCCUGGGGGACAACGAGAACCGGCCUGUGCGCUGGAUGGCACUAGAGAGUCUGCUCCAUAGCGACUUCUCAAGCGCCAGUGAUGUGUGGUCGUUUGGAGUGACCCUGUGGGAGCUGAUGACUCUAGGACAAAUCCCAUAUGUGGACAUUGACCCCUUUGAGAUGGCCGCCUACCUGAAAGAUGGCUACAGAAUAGCACAGCCAAUCAACUGUCCUGACGAACUGUUUGCUGUGAUGGCCUGCUGCUGGGCCCUUGAUCCAGAGGAGAGGCCUAAGUUCCAGCAGCUCGUGCAAUGUCUCACAGAGUUCCAUUCAGCCCUUGGAGCUUAUGUAUGAAAUCCAGCCCUCUUUUUUUUUUUUUUUUUAAAAAAACAUGGCCAUCAGUUUUCAUGUACAGCUCUAAACCUUAGGAACAUGAAAAUAAUGAUUUUCAACAAAAAAGCAUUUUAAGAAGCCUGUUUGUUUUGCAUUCCUUUCUCAUAAUCAAGAGAUUAUAUUUUAGUUAAAAAUCCCAGUGAAAUGUGUGCUAUCUUGGUUUGGACAAGACCUUGACCUUUGAACCUUGGUUUGGACAAGAAACUGUGACUGACACAUUUGAAUACAGAACUGACCACACUGUGGUCAGUGUUCUUGGUUCAGAUCCCAAUGAGAACAAAUCUCUUCACUCUGCCAAAGUUGGCAUUUUAGUGUGGCAUAACCACAUGCUUCACAGACAUUUGCCUUAAAAUUGUUGAAAUUGUAAUUCUCUGAAGACUAACCGUACACUACUGUGCCUGCUAUUUAAAAUGAGAUUCAAACUUGUGAAAUACUGGAUUUGAUAAAACACUACUUUUAUUAUUAUUUUGUAUAGAUUUUGUAUAUUGGGGAAGAAAUUUUUUAGGUUUCAAGUUUGUUACCAUCCUUUAGAGACGGUUUUGGUGGGUGUUCAGUAAUCACAGAACUCUUCAUCCUUGUACAUGCUGCACAGGGACAGACAGGCAGUUCUUACGAGUUUUCGCAUUCACAAGACUAGGACUGUUGCUCACUGCACAUAUGGAUGUAAGAAAAAAUAAUGAAAACUCCCUUUUCCUAAUUCGGAAUUAAGGAAGUGAAGAUGUUAAAAUAUUUUAGCUUUUCAUCCAUGGUGAUCAUGAUGUACAUAUAUUUUUAAGCUUGUCACAAUAAAACCUUAUUACCUUUAGCCCAGAAAUUAGCUAAAAGAUUGGACUGUGUUUUCACCAUUCUGUGUGAUUAACCUCUUUUAGCCCUCAGAUUUUAAUAAGCAACAAUGACAUUCUGAGGGAACAUGUAUAUCUAUCCGGUUAGUUCCCACAUUUC